AUGGCAGUGAAGCUAGCCAGGACAACAAAGAACAAACAGGGCAAGCAUAAGGAGGAAAACGUCGACAAUACUGGCAACACCGAUAUCGUUGAACUAUUACUGGCGUAUCAAUCCCCUAUCAACACACUGGACCACAGGUCACAGAAAUAUGCCAAGUCCCCGUUGAUGUUGGCCGUAAACCUGAAGGACCAGAAAAUGGUCGAGCUCCUCCUGCGGCACGGCGCUGAUCCAACAAUAGAAGAAGCCUACGGGCUCUUUGGCCCACUCGAUGCUGCCAUUGACGAUGAUGAAGAGAUUGGCCUGAAGCUGGUCAAGACCUUGCUCGACAAUCCUUUGCCGCCAAGCAUCAACUACAGCCCCAAAGGCAACGACGAAGUCUACCACAUACUCAUUGAAACGAGUGGAAAGAAACCAGCGCUUGUCAAACUUUUACUUGACUAUGGUGCCGACACAAAGUUACAAUAUGACGCCGCUACUGGAAGCAGUGAGAGAAAAUAA